AAUGUUUUUUUUUUAAUAUUAAUUAUUAAUUCAAUAAAAUAAUUUACAAUAUGUUUGUCGAAUAAGAUAGUAACACCAUUACAAAUGAAGGAUAGUAGUACGUAAUCCGACACUCUCCAUCAUCUUUAUGAACAAUGUUGCAUUUAUAUGAAUGAAAUCGUAGCCUAAAAUCAAAUUAUAAUAUCAUUGUAAUAAUAUUAUUGUGUGUGAUAUAAGGAAGAAAAGAAAAAUUGACUGUUACAUUGUAUAUUAAAAUACUAAAAAGAUGAGUUUAAAAGUGCUAUUUAAUUUGAAUACAUCAUUAUAUAUACGUAGGCAAAAUAUAUUAAGCAGUAGAUAUUUUGCUUCAAAAACAGAAAAAGAUGUUAUUGUUAGCGAUGAAAAAUCUAUUUAUGAAAGCGCGGAAGAAACACCUAUUUAUGAUUCUGAACAGCAAGAAAAAAAUGAUGAACUUGAAAAGAAAAGGAACAAGUCGAGACUUAAUCCAAAUCAUAGGAAUAUAUUAUUUGGUCGACGUCCUUACAACGAAUCUAUAGAAUGGUUUCAUAAUACCGUGAAAUAUAAGAAGCGUAUGUUAGGUAGAUACGGUAUGAAAGCGGUAGAAGUGCCAGUAGGGUUUGCAUGGCCAACGCCAGAAGAAGUCGAAGAUAUGAAGGAAUAUGAAAGAGUCGCUUAUCCAUAUAGUAUUCAAGAAGAAUGGAAUAGAAUAGAAGAAAAAAAUAGAAAAGAGGCAGAAGCUAUAAGGGCUAGAGAAGCUGAUAUAUCUCAAAAAAUGGCCAAACUGGAUAAAUGGAUAAAUGAUUUGAAUACAAGACUUGCCAAGAAAGAAGCGGAUAUGUUAGAAGCAAAGAAAAAUAAAGAACGUUUAAUAGAAGAAGUUAGAGAUCAACUUGGAUAUGGCGUAUCUGUAAAUGAUGAGAAAUUUAAAGCAGUAAUGGCAGAAAAAGAAAAGGAACAGAAAAAGAAGUUGAAAAUGGCUAAAAAGAAAUUAAAGGAAGAAAAGAUAUUAGCCAAAAUGAACAAAGUUCCAGAAAAUGGUGAAAACCAAACUACAGUGUCUUUGAAUGAGCCAAUAAAAUAAAUCAUGCUAUAUAGUUAUUGUACAGAAUAUAACAUUAAUAUAAUGUAUAUAGAUAUGUAUAAACAUAAAAUUAUUC